AUACACUUGCUGGUAUAUAAAAGGCUCACGUACUCUUAAAGCAGCAUUCAGUUCACUAAGACAGUAGAUAAACAUUGAAAAAAGAAGAAAGAAAAAGAAUCAUGCUGACUAUACUCGUGUUGUUCGUUACGACAGUAGUUUUCUUCUGCAUAUAUGCCAGGUAUAAGCUGAACUACUGGAAGAGACGCGGCGUCGAAUCGAUUCCCGCGAACUUGAUCUUCGGUAACUUUAAGGAUGCUGUGCUCUUCCGUUCCGCACCGGGAUACCAUUUGGGUCAACUGUAUAAAAUGGCUAAGUCAAACGCGCCCUUCGUUGGCUUCUACAUCUUCCAUAAGCCUUGCUUGUUGUUGCGUGAUCCUGAGAUUAUUAAGCAUUUCAUGAUCCGCGACUUCGAUAACUUCUCUGAUCGCCAUUUCGCCGGCUCCAAUCAAAAGGACAGUAUCGGCAUGAAGAAUCUUUUCGGCGUGAAGAACCCAGUAUGGAAGUACCUGCGCACUAAGAUCACACCCACUCUGACAAAGGGCAAGCUAAAGCAGAUAUUCCCGUUGAUGAUAGAGACCGGACAACCUAUGAUGACAUUCUUAAAGAAACAAUCAUUCGAUACUAAUAAUACAAAGAUUGUAGACGCCCAGGAACUCAGUUACAAGUAUACGACUGACUUGAUCGCCUCGGUUGCUCUUGGCACCAAGAUGGACUCCUUCCAUUAUCCAAAUGCUGAAUUCACCGCCGCAGUUGCCGAGUUCUUUCACGGGUUCAAGAGGAUGGUAGCAUUGGUGACGGUGUUCUUCAUGCCCGAACUCGUGGAACUGUUUGGUACGAAGUUACUCUUCAACUCCUCCUUCGUGAAAAAAGUAUUCUGGGAAGCGAUGGAAAAUCGUGAGAAGAGUGGUAAGGCGAGAGGAGACUUUAUUGACUCUCUGCUUCAGCUGAAAUACGGCGAACAGAAUCCCGAUUAUAAAUUCGAAGGUGACAAUCUGCUGUAUCAGUCUGGAACCUUUUUCUCCGGCUUUGAGUCAAGCUCUACUUGCAUGUCCUUCACGUUGAUGGAAUUAGCGAACCAUUUGGAAUGUCAGCAACUGGCUAGGGAGGACAUCAACGCGGCUAUCGAGAAGUAUGGCUGGACGUACGAGGCAUUCAACAACAUGAAAUACUUGGAUCAGGCGAUAGCCGAAGGCCUGAGGUUGCAUCCGCCCGUGUCCACGAUCGACAGAUACACUCGUGAGGAUUAUCAGAUUCCCGGUACCGAUAUCAUCAUCGAGAAAGGUACGCCGAUAUACAUCUCUCUGUAUGGCAUCCACGACGACCCCAGAUUCUUCGACGAGCCGCACGUAUUCAACCCUGACAGAUUCGCCAAGGGUAAUGAAAUCACCGAUGCCUACAUGCCAUUUGGAAUCGGACCCAGGAUGUGCAUAGGAUCAAAAGCAGGAACACUUCACGCUAAAGUCGUUCUGUCGAUGCUUCUGAGUGAGUAUGAGAUUUGGCAGAACCACGAGGACAAAAGCAGCCUGGAUACACGAUCGACCUUCACUGCAGCUGCCGACGGCAUCAAGCUCCAUUUCAAGAAAAUCCGUAGUCGAAUUUUCUGCAAGUUUCUCCACAAAAGUGAAGUAUCUAAAGUGCAGACGCGAAGUCUCAUUAACAUAUACGUUGUAACGUUGAUCAAUCGCGCAAUGUUGAACGUUCUCCUGAUAUUUUUGGCGUUCCUGGCGACGCUGUAUCUUUGGAUGAAGAGAAAGCACUCUUACUGGCAAAAACGAGGUGUACGUUCAUUGCCUGGACAUUGGUUCUUUGGGAAUUUCAAGAACUCCCUGCUGAUGCGUACGUCACCAGGUAUGAUGGUCGGUAACUUACAUAAGCAAGCCGCCGACGAGGACGACGUCUUGGGUAUCUACAUCUUCCAUAAGCCGUUCCUUGUCGUGAGGAAUCCGGAGCUCAUAAAACAAAUGCUUGUCAAAGAUUUUCAUGUAUUCCCCAAUCAUCACUUCUCAGGCGGAAGUAUUUUUGAUGAUCUCGGAUCAUCGAGUCUCUUUUCAUUAAACAAUCCUAAAUGGAAAUAUCUAAGAACAAAAAUGACGCCAGUGUUCACGAGCGGAAAGCUGAAGAAUCUGUUUAUGCUGAUGAUGGGGACCUCAGAAGCUAUGAGGGUGCAUCUGCGUGAUCUGUUCAAAGAAGACUCCAAAAUCACGUCGAUCAAUGUCAAGGAUACGUUCUACAAAUAUACCACCAACGUGAUAGCCUCUGUGGCGUUCGGAAUUCAGAUUAACUGUUUCGACACGCAAACACCGGAAUUUUACACUCGUGCAAUCAAGCCAUUUCGACAGACUCUCACGAGGGCUGUGCGGUUCUUCUUUCUUUUCUUCUUUCCAAACUUCGGGAAAUAUCUCGGUCUAAGGAUACUUGGCGAUAGCACGGAUUAUUUCCGCAAAGUCUUUUGGAACUCGAUGGACAAUAGAACCGCCACAAAAAUGAAACGGGGCGACCUAAUAGAUUCCCUCAUACAAUUGAAAUCCGAGAAUAUUUCAAAUAAUAUUUUUCGAUUCGACGGAGACGCUCUUGUCGCUCAAGCGGCGAUUUUCUUCGUCGCCGGUCGCGAGACCAGCAUUACCACCAUGACCUAUGUACUUUGUGAAAUGGCCAAGAAUCCAGAUAUGCAGAAGCGUCUCAGGCAAGAGAUCAUUGAAAAGAUUGAAGCUGCGAACGGCAUUACAUACGAGGCUGUCCAGGAUAUGAAGUAUCUGCAACAAGUAAUAUCUGAAACUCUGAGGUUGUAUCCGCCCGCGUCGAUCCUCGAUAGAGUUGCCGUUGAAAAUUAUACGUUUCCCGGCACGAAGAUAACUAUUGAGAAGGAUACACCAAUAUAUAUUGGGUUGUACGGCCUUCACACCGAUCCCAGGUAUCAUCCGAAUCCCUUGACUUUCGAUCCUGAACGGUUCAGCGACGAGAGGAAGAAUGAGAUACUACCAUGCACCUAUAUGCCUUUUGGCGAAGGUCCGCGGAAUUGUAUAGGUAUGCGAUUAGGGUAUCUGCAAACCGCUGUGGGAGUUAUAACAAUCUUACGCGAUUACGAGGUUGCGUUGAAUCCUUCUUGGCUCUGUACUAUAGACGAAAGCAAUGUGUUUACCACGCCACCAAUGGGAUUCCAGCUAGAUUUGAAGAAAAUGUAAAUAACGCGCACAAGUGAUAUACAGGGUGAGCCAUUUUAAUCGACGGAUCCAAAUUGCUCCUAAAAUACGCCAGCUACAAAAAAAUGAUUAAGACAAGAAUUGUAGAGGACAACGGGGGUC